AUGUAGAAUGCACACAUGGUUGAGAUGCAUAUUUUAGGAGAAUUGCGUAUUAUUUACGCCCCAAUAAAUUCGAACCAAAAGAUGAACACUCAAGAAAAACCAGUGGAAGAGGAGACAACGACGACAGGCGACAAAGAAGAAGAUUCAUCAAGUGCAGUAAUGUCUGCUGCUGCUUCCGCCACAGACGGCGUCGCGGCGGCGGCACUCCGAUCUGUAAUUCAGCGGAUUCAACACGCUGCCGCACGACCGGACCAAGUAAGGCUGGUUGCUGUAAGCAAAACGAAGCCGGUAUCUCUCCUCAAACAAGUCUACGAUGCAGGUCACCGUUGUUUCGGUGAAAAUUACGUCAAAGAGCUUGUCGAGAAAGCUCCUCAGCUUCCAGAUGAUAUAGAGUGGCAUUUCAUAGGGAAUUUGCAGAGCAAUAAAGUCAAGCCACUUUUAAUUGGAGUGCCAAAUCUUGCUAUGGUGGAGACUGUAGAUGAUGAAAAGAUUGCAAAUCAGCUUAACCGUGUGGCUGGGGACAUUGGAAGAAAGCCAUUGAAAGUUUUUAUCCAAGUUAAUACAAGUGGGGAAGAAACUAAAUCUGGUGUUGAACCAGAUGGCUGUGUGGAGCUUGUGAAGCAUGUUACUUCAAACUGCCCUAAUCUUGAAUUCUGUGGCCUGAUGACUAUUGGAAUGCCAGAUUAUACGUCAACUCCUGAGAACUUUAAGACUUUAGCAAGAUGUAGAAGUGAGGUUUGCAAGGCACUUGGAAUAUCUGAAGAUCAAUGUGAGCUGUCGAUGGGCAUGUCGGGCGACUUUGAACUUGCUGUUGAGAUGGGCAGCACAAAUGUUCGAGUUGGAUCUACUAUAUUUGGUGCAAGGGAAUAUCCAAAGAAGCAAUUGAACUAAGCUUGAUGAACCCAUUUUUGUGAAAGAGCCUGAGGCAAACUUGUACCUUAAAAAUUUGCAGCUUGAUUGCAACAUCUGGAGCCUUCUGCAGAUAACUGAUAUGAGCAGCUUCUUGUUUGUACAAUGCGACUAUGGACCUCAUUGGCUAUGUGGCCUAUAGCAUCCGUUUUGUAUUUUAAUUAUUAUUAGUUAUUAUUACUGCUGAGCAUAGUCUUAAGCUGUGAUCUAGACGUUCUUAAUAAUGUCAUGAGAUUUGAUAUACUCUCUUCUAGAUGUACUAAUUGAUGAUAUAUCUUUAGAAUAAAGACUCAUGGCCUGGUAGGCUGGCCCUUGGA